AAACCAGAUCUUCAUUAUUCAACAGCUGAUCAAAGAUGAAGAAGCUCUCCCCUGCGCUGCCACUUCUCUUCCUCCUCCUGACAUGCUCCUGCCUCCGAGCUGCCAUGGCUGGCUCAGCUUUCUGUGAUGGCAAAUGCAAGGUGAGGUGCUCAAAGGCGAGCGUUCAAGACAAGUGCCUCCAGUACUGCGGGCUUUGUUGCGAGGAAUGCCACUGUGUCCCCCCCGGAACAUAUGGAAACAAGGACAAAUGCCCAUGCUACAGGGAUAAGACUACCGGUACUGGCAAGAGAAAGAGGUCCAAAUGUCCAUAGUUCAAUGUUGAGAGAGAGGUUAUCGGUUAUCUGAGGUUUUGAUGCUUCUAUGAGUAUGUAUGAGCCAUAAUCUGCCAGUGUGUGCAGUGAAUUAUGAAGAAUGUUUGGUAUGCUAUUUUGUUUGUGUAACUGUAUUGUUUAUGAGAAGAUGGUAUGCUAUUGAGAACACUAAAUAAAAGUAUCAUUCAUAAAA